GUUGCUAAGAUUGAAAAGCCUAGGUUUUUUUCUCAACUUUUUAAAAAACAACCUUGACAAAAAACAGUGUUUUAAACGCAUGUAUGAAUUUCGAGUGGUAAAUGUAGCUAAUUAUCAGUCGUUCUCAUUGUAAACUACCGUUAAAAAUGUGCUGUGUGAGAACAGACAUCUUGGCUUAGCAACGGUAACUAAGGGGGGCGGGGCUUUUGACUUUUUGGAGGCUCAGCGGCAGUUAGCCUGUUUUGGACGGUUGGCAACGGUUAAUGUUACAAGGACUUCUAGCUUAAUUUCUAAUCUACUGUUCCUUGUGGAAUGAACAGAAAUGAGCAUUUUUUAAAUUAUGUGCUUCACUCUUCUUGACUUUUUUCAAACACAAAACAGUGUUUAAACAAAAGUGUGAAUUCCGAGUGAUAAAUGUACCUAAAUAUCAGUCGUUCUCAUUGUAAACUACCGUUAAAAAUGUGCUGUGUGAGAACAGACAUAUUGGCUUAGCAACGGUAACUAAGGGGCCGGGGCUUUUGGCUUUUCGGGGGCCCAGCGCCAGUCAGCCUAUUUUGGACGGUUAACAAUUAAUGUUACAAGGACUUCUAGCUUAAUUUCUAAUCUCCUGACCUUUGUGGAAUGAACAGAAAUUAGCAUUUAUGUGCUUCACUCUCCUUGACUUUUCUCUAACAUAACCUUCCUUACACUAAAAGACAAGGACAGACGUUUGGAUGUAGCACCUCUGGCCUGUGUUGUUACUGUGUUUGAAUGGCCGUGUUGUUGCUGUUUUCUGGCGCCUCUAGCGGCAACUGUGACUGAGCCGGCCGAGAAGAAAAACUGCAUCGACUCUUUGUGGAUCCAGGUUAUUGAAUGAAUGGAGGGGAGCCGAUGGUUGCUCGGAGGGGGCGAGAAGAAGACGCAGCGGACGAUAUGUGUUCAACUUCAGCGGCAUGUUGUUUAAAGUUGAUAGAAGAAGAUCCGCUUAUGGACUCGCUGCUUUAAAAGCCCUGAAGAUGGUUUUAUCCUCGUAAUCCCUUUCCCCCCAUAUACUGAUCCGUACCGGCCAACCUUUACCAACAGACGUUUUUCGUUGGACAUCGAGGAGAUUUCUCUUUUUUUGUGUGUGCAGCCAGCAACAGGUUAUUUCCAGCUCACCGCGGGCGUCCAGCCUGCUGCUGCACCUCAGCGAGCAUUAUAUCCACGUUAACUUCACGUUUUAUGAACCGAGGGAUGCUUUUUUGCCACUCUUCUCCGCGCAUUCACCGUGAUGUGAGUUGCAGCUUUGUGCUCGCCACCGACCAGAUCUUCCAAGGCUGAGCGCACUGCGUGUUAAAGAAAAGGGCGACAGACAGAAAUGAGGAGAAUAUGAGCAUGCCAUAGAGACGAGACUGCUAAUCUUAACAUCGCUGGGUGAUAAAGCUGUGAGGCGGCCACACCGACAGACAGACCUGCGGAGGAGCUGGUGUUGGCGGAGGGCUUUCUUUUCAACAAGGAUCGCAUGCAUAGAUGGUGCCAAACAAGUGGAGCAUGAAUUCAGUUCUGCACAAAUCGCCACCAAGGAGCUGGCUUGGUCUCAGAUUACGACUCAAUGACAAGCCCGUCCAGGAGGAGGAUUGGGUGGUGUGCCAGCACCCUGAGUGUCCCGAGCGACGGAGGGCCUCUAAGGUUUGCCACCAUCCAGACUGCCAAGACCUGAAUAGCAAAAGCCCCCUUCACCUGUGUGAGUCAUGUGACUCACGCUGCCAUUCAGAGAACACAGACAACAUGCACUUUGACCGGCACCCCCGAUUUGACUUACAACCUCAAGCCUCCAUCCUGGCUCGGAACGUGUCCACGCGCUCCUGUCCCCCGCGCACCAGCCCCCCCUCCGACCUGGAGGAAGAGGAUGAGGGGAGCAAUGACCGCGGGGAGCGUAAAACAGGGGGGAUGAAGUUGGUGAAAAAGAAGCCACGGAGACGACACACUGAUGACCCCAGUAAGGAGUGCUUCAGCCUUAAGUUUGAUCUCAACGUGGACAUAAACACAGAGAUUGUACCUGCUAUGAAAAAGAAAACCUUGAGAGAGGUUUUAGGGCCAGUGUUUGAGAGGAACGGCAUUGAGCUGUCCCGGGUCGACUUGUUCCUGGAUCAGUCCAACACGCCGCUGUCCCUCAACUUCGAGGCUUACCGUUUUGGAGGACACUACCUCAAAGUUAAAGCACGGCCAGGUGAUGAGCUGAAGGUGGAGCAGGGCGUGAAGGACUUGCGGUCGCUCAGCCUGCCCAACAUGAAGCCCUCCGGAGGUCAGCAAAGCCCUUAUAUCCUCACCCCAGGCAGCGAGAGGGUGGAGCAUGGAUCUCUGGGACGCCGAGAAAGUGUUGAUCUGCUGGGUCAGGCGCGGCGGAGGAAGAACAUGACAGAGUUCCUCGGGGAGACGAAUAUUCCUACCCCGGAUGCUCUGGGACAGAUCGGUGGCUCUCUGCCCAGCGUUGGAGCCGGGCCUGACAGCUGGAAGAACCGCGCUGCCAGCCGCUUCAGUGGCUUCUUCAGCUCCAACGCUGGAGCAGGCGCCUUUGGCAAGGAGGUGGACCGUCUGGAGCAGCUCCAGAGCAAGCUUCAAACCUACUCGUUGUUCGGGCUGCCGAAGGUGCCGCGGCAGCUCUCCUUCCACCAGGACUCCUGGGAGGAGGAGGAGGAGGAGACCAACUUGGCCUUGGAGGACAGUUGGCAGGUGCUACUAGACAACUCAGAGACACUGACGAGGCGACAGUCCCACCAGCAGGAGGCAAUAUGGGAGCUGCUGCACACGGAGGCCACGUACAUAAAGAAACUCCGAGUCAUCACUGAUCUGUUCCUGUGCGGGCUGCUGAACCUGCAGGAGAGCGGUCUGCUGACGGAGGUGGAGCCCGCCAAGCUGUUCAGUAACAUCCAGGAGAUCGUCCGGCUCCACACGGCCCUGUGGAACCAGGUCAUGCUGCCUGUCCUGGAGAAAGCCAGACAGGCCCGGGCUCUGCUCAACCCCACCAACCUUCACCACGGCUUCAGGACGUUUGGCUCCAGAUUCCAGCCCUACAUCCGUUACUGCAUGGAGGAGGAGGGCUGCAUGGAGUACAUGCGCACGCUUCUCAGGGACAAUGAGCUCUUCAGGACUUACGUCACGUGGGCAGAGGCCCAUAAGCAGUGUAACCGUCUGAAGCUUGCCGACAUGUUGGCAAAGCCUCACCAGAGACUGACCAAAUAUCCACUCCUACUGAAGAGCGUCCUCAAGAAGACGGAUGAGCCGUCAGUACGUGACGCUGUCAACAGCAUGGUGGCCUCAGUAGAGGGCUUCAUCAACAGCGUGGACUCCCAGAUGCGACAGCGUCAGGAACAACAGAAGCUGGCCACCAUCUCUGCCCGCAUAGACUCCUACGAGGCUGUAGAGGGCAGCAGCGACGAAGUGGAGAAGAUCCUCAAAGAGUACAACCGCUUCGACCUUAUGGCUCCCAUGAGAGGAAUAUCACCCGAGGAGACUCGACAGCUGCAUCUCGAGGGAGCGCUGAGGAUGAAGGAAGGCAAAGACAGUAGGAUGGAUGUCUAUUGUUUCCUGUUCACUGACCUGCUGCUAAUUACCAAACCAGUGAAAAGAGAGAAAGUUAAGGUCAUCCGACAGCCUCUCCUCAUUCACAACGUCGUCUGUAAGGAGCUCAAAGAUCCUGGCUCAUUCAUCCUCAUCUACCUCAACGAGUUCAAGAGUGCAGUGGCAGCCUACACUUUCCAAGCCAACAGUGCCACCCAGGGGCGAAGCUGGGUCGAUGCAGUCUGCAACGUCCAGAACCAGCUCCAGAGGCUUCGUACCGAGGAGAUCCUCCGGCAGCAGAACAGUCUGAAGAGAUGUAUGGCUGGUGAGGAUGAUGAGGAGGAGGAAGAUGAGAGCAGCAACUCCACUACGAGCUCCCCCUGCCUGAGGCACAAAGACCAGCAGAACUCAAGUCAAUCCGACGGCUCCACUGAGACCCUGUCAGUGAUGGACAUCGACGAACCGAGCGAGCCUCCCGCCCCCAACAUGAACCUCGAGGGAACCACUAAGACAGACGUCGCCGCUCUGUCAGAAGGGUCCGAGAUCAAACAGUCCCAGUCCACAUCCCCCCACAGAGUCCACUCCAGUAUUUACUCCGAGCAGUAUCAGGAGACCGGGCCCGACGGCGACGACCUGGACCCCCAGUGUCGCUCUCUCUCCAUGGACAGCGCCUACGGUACCCUCUCCCCUGAAUCCCUCCUGAGAGAACUGCAGCCACAGCCCGGCCAGAGCGAAGGAGAGGAGACCGAGGAGGAGGAGGGAGAGAGGGAGGGCCAGGAGGCAGAGCAGGAAGAGACAGAACUAGAGGAGGUAGAGGAAGAGGAAGAGGAAGAAGAAGAAGAGCAGGAGGAAGAAGAAGAGGAGGAGGAGGAUUCUGCAUCGCUGGGAUCCCAGCUGUCAGUAGUCCAGACUUGUAAACCUCGUCGGCGGCCUCACGUUCAGUCGCGGCUCCACUGCCUCCAGAGGCCGACCACUCUGGCCUUAUCCCGCUCUGAGGACAAUCUCCUGCAGCGCCUCCACGGUAAAACCCCCAUCUCCCACUCACACUCGCUCUCCCCUAAAGCGCAGGACCAAUCAAAACGUAUGGACAUGGACGCAUCGUUGCUGCCACACAGUAAGAGCCUGUCGGAGCUGGGCCUAAACUGCAUGGAGCUGUUUACCGGUGACCUCGACCAGUCUGAAGACUGCCUGAACAUGAACGCGCCCUCCGACAAACUGUGCGCCAGCCUGAGUAGGGCGGAGGUUAGGCACGCCCACAGCGUGGCGCCUGCCGAGCCUUGUGAGGGUAAUGAAUCCCACGGCAACAGCUCAGACGGGGAAACGGCUCCUUCUGCCUGUGUAGAGAGGAAGUCGACAGCCACUGGCGAUUCAGGGGAAACGUCGCCCAAAAAGAGGAAAUCACCGGCCCCGCAGCAUAAGAAGCUGACGUUAGCUCAGCUGUACAGGAUACGCACCACUCUCGUCCUCAACUCCACGCUCACUGCAUCGGAGGUAUAACCACUCUUCCAAACAGCUGACCGGUGGCAUGUUGGGCAUAAUAAGGAACAACACUUGUUUUGCAUGGAUGGACUGAAUUUCUUGAGACACAAAUGCACUCGCUCUCUUACUGCCCUCUCCCUUCCUGUUGUUUUUUUGGGACACUGACCAUACCAUUUUUUCCAUUUUUUGCAUUUGAACAAUAACAAUCCUUUUUUUUUUUUUUCUUUGCUGUUGCAUUGGUUUCCGAAUUUCUCGAGGGGAAGGGAGAGGCAGAGAGACAUUAACUGCUUGCACUUUGCAACGGAAGUAGCAUUAUGGGGGCUGGGACCUUAAGGUGGAGAGACACAAAGAAAGAGAGAGAGAGAGAGGAGACAUCCAGGCGGAGACGAGGCCUUCAGGCAAAGGUCUUCAAAUAAAAAACCUCAUCCCUCUCUGCGCCGGAGAAGAGGCGGAGCUGAAUCCUGCACCUUCUCCGUCGAGUGUGUUAUACCAGAGUCAAAAAAAGAGAGAGAGAGAGAGAAGGACAUCUUGAAAAUGGUCUCUACACAUGGUUUAAUAAAAACAGCACCUAGGACGUCCUAAUAUUUGUACUACUCCUGGUUUGCUUCAACAAAAGAAAGAAAAAAAAAAAAGAAAAUUGCACAGUUAUCUUUGUUAAGUAGAAGAAAUCACUAAGGAGUGAAUUUACAUUUACAGUCACACAGUGAAUUUGAAUUUAUUUGCUGUUCGUGUCUGCUCGUGUGUGUGUGUGUGCGUGCGUGAGUGAGUGCGUGAGUGACUGUGAACGUGCACAUGUUCGAAUGACACAUGGUCCUCGAUUCCUGACUGAACCAAAAACUGAUUCCCGUCUCCUGUGAAUACGCUAAAACACCCAAAGAUGGAGCAGCCAGUAGAUCCCCCCCCUCAAUCCCCCCACAACGAAAAGUGUCGCCCAAAGACAAGCAAUCACGUCUUCAGCUCGCCUUCACGUAACCUCACCGAGCGGCUGCGUCACCACGGAGACGGACUUCCUUCUUUACUGUUAAUCUUUUCGGUUGAACUAAUGCCACUUGGUAUGAUGAGAUUAACGGGAAGAAGAGUUGUUUUCCUAUUUAACAAGUUGAAAACAAUGACUGAAUAUGUUCGACUAGAGGAAUUUCCUGCACUAUAAAUAUAUAUAUAUAUAUGUAUAUGUAUAUAUAUUUAUGGCUUGAGUGUGCGCUCACCUUUGAGGCCUAAAUGUAUCAAAACCACAAACACAAGUGCACAAGCAAGAAUUUGGUCAUAGUAGCAGAAGGAAAAACAAACAAAAAAAAAUCUACACUUGCCUGUGUUGGAGCACCUUUUCUUCACAUUUAAUUUCCUGUGUUUCUUUACGUUAAUAAGAGAUUGAACAAAGGUUUGGGGUGGAUAUAUUCUGUAAAGAGUGAAUCUGCAGAGCUGGCUUUAGUUGAACCGCUCUCUCUCUCCAGGAGAUUAAAAACAAAACAAACAAAAACCACCACAGAAAUUUAACAUUCAUACUGAUGUUCAGCUUUUCAGAUCAGUGAUCCGAGUCCUCUUUCCAAACAUUUCCCAAACCAAAUAGGUUAACUGUUUACUUUUAGUUUUUGUUUAUGUGUAAUAUUUAUUAUGCCUGCUAUGUUUUAUAUAUAAGAUAUUGUUUAUAUUGUUUGCUUCCAUGAUUUGUACAUUUUUUGUUUUGUUGAUGUAGUCUUAAUAAUUUUCUUGCCAGGCAUGAAUGUGCUAUGAACCAAAAUCAUGUGUUUCCUCUUUCAGGAAUGACUUUAAAGUGUCUUACAGAAUAAAAAUGCUAAAAUACUUUACAA